GAAAAUAUACCCUAAGACUUCCAGGCUCGAUAUAAACCAGCCACGCGAAUAGGGUUUAUAUUAGGGUUUUAGGAAACUCGAGCUAUUUCACUGUCAUUCACUACUUCACUUCUAUCAAGAUCAGAGAUUUUGGAAAUACAUAAUGUGGGCAAUUCGUAGGGCCUCCAAUCAGUUCGGGAACAAAGGAUUACCCUCAAGGUCUGGUCGGAUUUUCCGUGGGAAAACAGAGCUUGCAGGAUGUUGUUCAGAGACUUCUACUGCUGCAAUAAUUGCACCUCGAGAAACAAUAUUUGAUGGGUUGCUGUCUUGUACGAGGUUUUAUAGCAAGUCAUCUGGUUUCCCAAAGUCAAACAAGGGAGUUCGCACUUUUUCGUCCCAGGUUGAUGCUAAGAGCAAUGGAGAGGACUUGGAGGAUGGAUUUUCAGAGCUUGAAACUCCGCACGACACAGUUGAAGAAGCUGCUUCUGGAGAUGAGAGUGAUGGUGGUCUGGGCUCUGGAUCAGAGCUGUCUGAGGAUGAAGGCAAUGCUGAUGGUGAGCUGAACGAAUUGGAAACACCUGGUCCCGAAACUGAUGUGAAAAAAAAAUUAACCACAGCUAAAGCUUCAUCGCCAAUGUGUAAGGCUAUCCUAGCUGAUCCAGCCUUACCAGUAAGCAAGGUUUUGGAUAAAUGGAUUGAAGAUGGUAAUGAAGUAACCCAAUCAGAGGCACUUCUAGCCAUGGAUACUCUUCGUAGACGGAGAUUAUAUGUGAAGGCCUUGCAGCUGUCGGAGUGGUUGGAAUCAAACAAACAUGCUGAAUUCACUGAUGCAAAUCAUGUUUCUCGAGUGGAUCUAAUUGCCAAAGUACAGGGCUUCUUUAAGGCAGAAAACUACGUUAAAAACCUUCCCGUGUCUCUCAGAACUGAAACUGUUUACCGCACUCUGUUGGCCAAUGCUGUGUCUGCCGCCAACGUGAGGAAAGCUGAGGAAUUGUUCAACAAAAUCAAAGGUUUAGGACAUCCUAUUUCGAGUUUCUCUUUCAACCAGCUGCUGCUUCUGUACAAGAGAAUUGAUAGGAAGAAAAUUGCUGAUGUGCUUCUGCUGAUGGAGAAGGAAAAUAUUAAACCAUCUGUUUUCACUUACCAGAUAUUGGUCGAUGUGAAAGGGCAGUCCAACGAUAUUACUGGGAUGGAACAAAUAGUUGAGACAAUGGUGGCUGAAGGGCUGAAACCCAGCUCCCAAAUUCAGACAUCCAUGGCACGGUACUAUGCUUAUGCGGGGUUAAAAGAUAAAGCCGAGGCUUUGUUGAAAGAGAUUGAAGGGGAUGGUCUGGAAAAGAAUCGCUGGUCUUGUCGUUUAUUGAUGCCUAUCUAUGCUACCCUCGGAAAGGCCGAUGAGGUUGAGAGGGUCUGGAAAUUCUGUGAAUCCGAGCCACGGUUCGAAGACUGCCUAGCUGCAAUCGAAGCUUGGGGGCAGCUCAAGAAGAUAGAAAAAGCUGAGGAAGCCUUUGACAGACUGGUGCAGAAGGUCAAGAAGCCCUCUACAAAGCAAUACAACGCUCUGCUAAAGGUCUAUUCGAAUCACAAGAUGCUGACGAAGGGGAAGGAGCUUGUGAACCAAAUGGCCAUCAGCGGAUGCCAUCUGGGGCCGCAGACGUGGGAUGCCCUCGUGAAGCUCUAUAUCGGGGCUGGAGAGGUCGAGAAAGCUGACUCCAUACUCGAGAAGGCCAUAAAGAAGAAGAUGGGGAAACCCAUGUUCUCUUCCUACCUUGCCAUCAUGGAUAAGUAUGCAGAGAGAGGAGAUGUGCACAAUGCGGAGAAGAUCUUCGAGAUGAUGAAGAACAGCGGCUAUGAGUCGCGUAUCCGUCAGUACCAGUCGCUUCUCAAUGCCUAUGUGAAGGCGAAGAAGCCGGCGUACGGGUUCAGGGACAGGAUGAAGGCAGAUAAUGUCUUCCCGAGCAAAGCGUUGAAUGCUGAGUUGCGGAAAAUCGACUUGUUCGGGAAGUCUCCGGUGGAUGAUCUGUUUGACUGAUUAGGAUGGCUUUUUGGUGCUUUCUUGGAUCAUUGCUAGUUUGUUGGAUGAAUCUGAAAGUGCUGUUGCUGCUGCUGAAUUUUCAUUGUUAUUUAGAUCAGUAUUUAUGUUCUGGAUUUUGGAACUGUAGUUAUCUCUGGUUUCCUCUCAUAUUAUCUUUGUUCGUGCUUAUCAAAUAUUAGCUCUUUUGGGAAGAGUAUGUAAUAACGCAGGAAAGUUGGUAGGUAUAAUAUAAUGAUAUACCGUCAGUACUAAAA